AACAAGAUAUGGCUGCUGCUGCUGCUGCUGCUGCUGCUGGCACUGUGCUGUCAAAGGAGCAGUUUCUUUGCCCAAUCUGUCUGGAUUUGUUCAACCAGCCGGUCUCCACUCCUUGUGGACACAACUUCUGCAGGGAGUGCAUACAAGGAUACUGGCAGAGUGCUAAGUUGUCGCAGUGCCCCGUGUGCAAGCAGAAAUUCUCCAAGAGGCCUGAGCUCAAAGUUAACACCUUAAUCUCUGAGGUGGCCUCUCUGUUCAAGGAGUCACUGGAGAAAAGAGAUACAGGUGAAGAGGAGCAGCAUUUAGGCCAGGAAGGAAACGUUUCAUGUGAUGUGUGUGCUGCGGAAAGAGUUGAGGCUUUUAAAUCCUGUCUCGACUGUUUGGCCUCUUUCUGUGAGACUCAUCUGGAGCCCCAUCAUAUGCUAGCCACUUUCAAAAAGCACCGUUUGAUUCAUCCCACAAUGAACAUGCAAGACAGAGUGUGUACGAAGGGCGAGAAACUCCUGAACCUGUUUUGCGAAACCGACCGGACAUAUGUGUGCCAGCUCUGCGUCGAGAGAGACCACGAGGCUCAUCGCGCCGUUCCUGUCGAGGAGGAGAGCCGUGGCAAGAGAGCUCAAGUUGGAAAGAUAUGCAAAGAGGUGGAAAAAACAAUCCACCGUCGAUGGCAGAAGAUCUGCAAGAUUGCUGAAAGUGUGAAGCUCAGCAGGGGAAACUCGGAAAGAGAGACCGAGGAGAGUUUGCAAGUUUUCACCAAACUGCUGCACCUUAUCCAGAGAGGCCAAGCUGAGGCGGCGGAGCUGAUCAGUGCCAAGCAGAGACAAGCUGAGAGCAGGGCCGGUGGAAUUGAUGAGCUGAGGCACACAAGCACAGAGCUGGAGCAGCUUUCGCGGACUGAAGACGACUUUUACCUUCUCCACCGCUUUCCAGCUUUCUCCACACUGCCAGCUGCCAAAGACCGCUCUUACACUGAUGUAGAAAGUGCUGUGUACGUGGGCAUGGUGAGGAGAGCAGUCAGGAGAGUAGCGACACAGCUGGAGGAGACUGUAAAAAGUGAGGUGAAGAGGCUGUGUGUGAUUGAGUUCCGGAGGGCUCAACAGUGUGCUGUGGAUGUAACGCUGGACCCUGACACAGCUCAUCCUAAACUGGUGCUCUCUGAAAACAAGAAACAAGUCUUUCAUGGCGACGUGGCACUCGGCCUUCCUGACAACCCUGAGAGAUUUUACCCGGGUGUAAGUGUUUUGGGAAAGGAGGGUUUCUCCUCUGGCAGAUUCUACUAUGAGGUUCAAGUAAAAGGGAAGACGGAGUGGGAUGUUGGAGUUGGGCUUGAGUCUGUCAGCAGAAAAGGAGGCAGCAUGCUGAACCCUGAAAGAGGCUACUGGACUCUGGGGAUGAGAAGUGACAAGACCUACUGGGCGCUCAGCAACACUCCUGUCUGUUUGCCACUGGUGGAGAAGCCGCAGAGAGUUGGGGUGUUUGUGGAUCUGGAGUGGGGCCAGGUUUCCUUUUACAACGCGGACUCUGGUUCCCAUAUUUACUCAUUCACUGGAUACUCGUUCAAGGAAAGACUCUUCCCCUACUUUAACCCGCGGCGUAACCAUGGUGGCAUGAACUCUGCACCUCUGAUCAUCUUACCUGUCAAAGUCUCUGCUUGAAUGCUUUCAUUUCCAUGUUGAGGAUUUAGUGUCAUAUAAUGGUGAGACGGAAAAUUGUAGCAAGUGGAGGGCAACUUCACUCACCUUCUCCUUUUCUCAACUACAUCAAGGAACUAUGGUGGCCUUCACCUGUCAGAAAGGAUGCGAACAAUUUCUUUCUCUGGUGUUUCCUCCUUCUUCAUCAUCAGUUUAUACAUUGGGGAGACACAAGAUUUAUCCAAUUUCUGUCUGGAUGUUAGUGGCUGUGUUUGAUUGAAUUAAAUUGUGUUUACUCAAAUGAAA